ACUACAAACCCUCUUCGGAUAUCAUUCUGAUUUGAUCCGAUCAGCACCCAAAAAUAAUGACCAAUUUUCAGUACUUGAAGUCAGCAUUUUUGGUCGUAUUUUUGGCAUUUAACUCGAGCUUUAUCGUAGCCAAUUUUCUAACGAACGCGUGCAAAGAGUGGGGAGUCGAGCAUUCGGUGUUUCAAGGUAACGGCGACUAUGCGAAACUCACCCUUGAUCCAAUCUCAGGUUCAGGAAUUCAGUCUACCGAAUAUUUUUUAUACGGAAGUAUCGAAAUGCAUAUCAAAUUGAUACCGGGAAGCUCAGCUGGAACAGUUACAGCAUAUUAUCUAUCUUCCCGUGGAGAAAAGCACGAUGAGAUAGACUUCGAGUUUCUUGGAAAUGUGUCCGGACAACCUUACAUUAUCCAUACGAACAUUUUUACUGAUGGGGCCGGAGGUAGAGAACAACAAUUUUACCCAUGGUUCAACCCAACACGUGAUUUCCACAACUACACGAUUCAUUGGAAUCCAUCUCAAGUUGUGUGGUACGUCGACAAUAUUCCGAUAAGAGUGUUCAAGAACUAUAAAAGCGAGGGCAUUCCAUACCCGAGCAAACAGGCAAUGAAAGUCUACUCGAGCAUUUGGAAUGCGGAUAGCUGGGCAACAAGAGGUGGCCUCGACAAAAUUGAUUGGAAUAAAGCACCAUUCAUAGCUGAACUGCGCCAUUUCAGCCCGAGGGCGUGCAUUUACAAUGGUAGUGAUAGCUUCACAACAUGUAGAAAUUUCGAACACAUACAACUAAACAAAGAAGAACGGCGCAAGAUGAAUUAUAUCCGAGAAAAGUAUAUGGUUUAUGAUUAUUGUGCGGAUUUUGGAAAGUACAAAGGAUUGAUGCCCGGCGAAUGUCUUAAGCUGCAAUGUUGAUGAGAAAAUCGGCGAGGGAGAUGAUCGAUCUUUAAGUUUAGUCUUGGGGUCAGAUUUGUAAUUGCAAAAUAGUCCGUGUUGUUUGUAUGAUUUAUUCAUUCUUUAAAAAAAAAAAAAACAAAAACAAAAACAAAAGCAACGAUAGUUAAUUUUGAUUCUAUUAUAUUUUUUAUGUAAAGGAUGCAAAUGAUUCGAUGU